UAUGCACAGUGAUGAGGAUAAUGCACUUAGAGUGAGCUACUGUCAAUGUCAAUGAUUUUCAUGACAGAAAACAAGCAAUUUGAGGCUCCAUGCGAUACCAAUCUGGACGUGGAGUGGCUCACUUUGCGUCGACAUGCUUGUUUGUUUUGGACUUUUUGGAUUAUUGCUGUACAACACAGUGGUUGCCAACGCAGUUUGUAGUUUCACAUACUCGCACAAAGACGAGAUUCGAGCCCUUUCACAACAUUAUCAACAGAAAGGAUACAGACAGUGCGAAUUUCAUAUAAGAGCACCAAGGAAUAAUUUUAUCGAGCUGAAUUUUACUCGAUUUUUUGGCUUCCGGUCACAGUCUUCCAUGACAACCGGUAAUUUACGAACAGAACACACUGAAGACCACAGCUCAGAUGAGUGUUUGCCUCCAGAGGUUGUGUUAAAGGAGAAAAAUAGCAGUGAGGAGGAUUUAGGAAGAAUUUGUAAAAAUACAUACAACUUAGGAAGCCCAAAAGUCUUUCAUUCAAAGCUUAAUGUUGUAAAAAUUACUUAUAUAUGGUUGCAAAACCAUUCCAGUGGAUUUACUGUGGAGUUUGACUUUCACCACUAUAACUCUUCAUGUGUUCAUAUCUGUGAUGACCGUGUAUGCCUGUCGGAUGUACAGUUGUGUAACGGUAAAUUUGAGUGUGCUGAUCAGUCAGAUGAGCAGAAUUGUCCCCCCUUAUUUCAGAGCACCGGUGCUUCUCAGUCCUCCACUACAAAUGUUGACCUGAUAAAAGCCUUUGCUGUUAUUAUAAGCAUAGUUUUAAUGCCCGGACUUUUCAUCAUCAUUUGUGUGGUAAGCCCGUGUCCUCUACGAUCUCGAAUGUGGCGGCGUCGUAGACGGAGCAGAGAGAGAUUAGAACAUAGUCAGCUACGACCAGAGUCACAAGUCUCCGAGGUAGUGUAUGUUCCUGUAUCUACGCCUUCUACAAGUCAAGAUAAACUCCUAGAGCAUCAGAUCUCACAAGUUCACGAGCAUCAAGUGCGCGUACGUUCCGUACAAACAGACACUAUGUUAGACCUACCGCCACAAAUCCCUAUCUCCAAAGAUGGAGAGGAGGGUUAUAUUGAAAGUCAAAAACAUUUAAUACGUAGUCGAUAUAUUGAUCAGUUAUUUCGGCCACCUCCGAAUAAGACAGUUCAUGAUAGAGAAAGCCCACCCCCUUAUUAUUCAAACUCUGCCAGUUUAGAAAAUUUAGGAAAGCCCCCUACCAGAAUAGUGAGAGACUCAAACGGUUGCCCGAGGAUGUUAAGAUGCUAUAGCAUGUCGUCGAAUGUUUCAAAUUCUUCAUCGGCUAACGGGCACAAAGACGUGCAAAAAAAGACAAUUACAAAAUCACACAAUAGGACUUUGUCUACAAAUUCAGCUGGCAGAAAAACUAGGACUGUCAGUGAUAGUGUAUCACCAAAUGAACAGACGGAUGAACCGCCCGACUAUAUGGGCGUGUGUUCUAGUGAUAAUAAUAAAGUUAGUCCGCAAAUGGACAGUAAUGUAUGAUAGUGAGCCAAGGAGAUUUCCUGGAUGUAUAUAAUGUGAAACUUAACUAGGAGUGCUAUGGUUGUACAAGUGGUGGAUGACCUAAGCCUCAGAGGCUGUGUGAUUUUAUAAGAUUGGAGUAAAUUAUAAGAUAUAUCUAUACCUGAAUGUCUAGUGAUCUAUUUAAUGUGAGGACCUUAAAAGGUUGCCUGGUUCCUAUCGAGAUACUUUAACAGUUCAAAUGUGAUUCCCUUUUUUGUAACUUUUUUUUUUGCGCGUACUUGAGGACAGCUAUGAAAUUUCACAUCAUUGGUGUAUAUAUAAGAAGGAAAAUAUCAUCAACAUUAAAAUGGUGUGUAAUAAAAUUUCAGUGAAAGCAGAUCAAAAUCAUUAGGGCAAAUUUUGUGUGAUACAAUUCAUAUUUUGUUUGUAAAAUAGGUGCCAAUAUAGCUUUGAAUUAGUUGUUGAAGCAGUACCACUGUGAAAUUUAGGGCUAUGUCUGGACUGUGACAAUAUUCAGCUCUUCCUUCAAACAAAGUUUAUUAAUGUAGCUAGUAAAACAGAGUUUGUAUACCAGUCUCCAACAUCACAGCCUUGAAAUCAGCCAAUGACAAGGCUGCAUUCUUAGGCUAGUCUAACAUCUAGCAUCUGAUUGGUUGAUUGACAAGGUUGCAUUCUUAGACUGGUCUAACCUCUGGCAUCUGAUUGGUUGAUUCAGCCUUGAAAUCGGCCAAUGACAAGGCUGCAUUCUUAGACUUGUCUCCUGAUAAAGAGCAAGAGUGACUGCAUGUAUAUCUAAGAAACAGAGUACAAACCUAAGGCAGACACUGUUACUAUAUUGUACUGUAUAAUAUGGUCAGGUAUUGGUCAAGUUUCACCACUAUGCUGCAUCAAAUCAAUAUUGGUUUGGUCUAGUAAAAGAGGGAAAGAGAAAAAAAAUAAGCUUCUUUACCCAUGAACUUUUUAAGGAUUUACCCUGUCGACUGAUAAUAUUUCUCAUUUGUUUAUUUCUCAACACAAAAACUUUGAUUGUCGAAGAUCAGAUUGUCCUUAUACAAAAACUGAUAUUGUUGAAAUUUGUCACAGUCACAAACAUGCCUAAAUUUACAGUCUGGUUCAAUAUAUUCAUUGUGAUAAGAAUGCUUUGUGAACUGUUGAUUGGUUGAAGCUGAUCAUGUGAUAUAAAACUGAAAUGUCAUUGGUCGUCAUGUGAUAGGUAUUGAACAGGCCUGUUCCCUUUUCUUGUCACCUUUAUAUUAGGCUUAGAUAUGUUAAUGGUUGUCAGAAAUGUUGGUUAGCAAAACCUUAUUGUGAUACUUUGCUCUGUUUAUUGUAAGGCCAUGCCAUUUUGUUUCUGUGUUUGGUUUAAACCUAUUUAUUUUACAUGGAUAGUAAAAAUGUGCACAAAACUCUGUCUGUCAUUGAGAACGUAAAGUGUUUUGCUCAUCUAGGUGCGCCAAAGGCUUGAAGGUGAUCUGUGAAGAUCAUGCUCUGUCUCCCGUACAGUUGCAGCAACAAAAAUUAAGGCAGAAUUUCAACAAACUUUUCCAGAAAGCUGUCUCGAGUGUUUUUCAAAUGGUUUGCCACCCUGAAAAUGAAAAACAAAGUUAAGUCAAUCACUUUUAAGAAGGUCACCAGUCAUGGUCUGUAGCAUACUAGGAUGAAUGUCUCUCAGUAUGAAUCAGUUUGUUCCAUUAACCUUUAGCCUACUAAAUUUCUAAAAUGGACUGGUCCAUCAUUCAAUUUGGACAAUACCAUUUAUUAUUUGUAGGGGUGUUGACUGAAAAUUUACUGACUGAAUAGCAAACAGUGCAGACCAUGGUCAGACUGCACGGAUGUGCAGGCUGAUCUUGGUCUGCACUGGUCGCAAAGGCAGAAUCACUGGCCGCCAGCAGGCUAAAGGUUAAACUACACAGGGGAUGCUAAAAGUAAAUAUUAAGAAAAAAAAACAUGUUCAGAUUACUGUUCUGAUUUGUACCAGACUGUGUCUGUUGCUACCAUAAAUGGUCCGAGUUGAUUUAUAUGGGUUUGCUCUAUUUCAAACAUGGGGUCAGAAAAGCUGACUUGAUGUUCACAAGACAAAAUCUUUAACAGCCAUUCCUAGAUCUUUAAGUUAAAUCAAACACUUUUGUUCCUCAGUACGUAUGUCACCAGAACUUAAAAUAGAAACAAAUAUUUUCUCAUUUACCACUUGUAUGGAUCUUCACGAAACUUGGUCUGUAGCAUCCAUUUGGGGGCCUUUCUAAAGAGAAAUUUAAUGAUUUGAUUUAGAAGAUAAUUUAGUUGGAGCAAGGUCAUAUUCCUAGUUAGAAAAAAAUAUCUUUCUUUAAAUUUCUGACCAGACUUUCCAAUUAAAAGAUGCUUAAAUCAGCAAUCUUGCAGUACUUAGCAACAUAAUCUGAAUUAUUUUCUACAAGUUUUUCCACCUUUUCUCCUAGAUUACUGUAAGUGCAGUCAAAUUAACCAAUAAACUCGGGAGAGUUAUACUCCCAAAAACAUGUGAAAAGAAAAACAAUGCAAAAUAUCUUCAAAAACAAACUCUAGUAAAGUUAGCAUUAAAACCACAAUUGCUUUUAUACAGAACUACUUAGUUUAAGAUUUUCUUUUUGAGACAUAAUCUUGUAUUUUGGAUCAUACUCAUGGUAAAAUAAUACAGGCAGAUUUCUAAGACGGUCAAACAGUGUGUAAUAUGUAUAUGAUGGUCAGUUUUAUGUUUGAAAUCGUGUUUAAAUUGUUUCAAUCUUCAUUGAUCCUGAAAGAACUGCCUUUUCUUAUCAUUUUAUGAUUUACCUGAGAGGUAUGUCCGCAAAAAAUGUUUUUUCAAAAAAGGGUGAGAUUGAGUAUUGUUUUUGUCCCCAAAGUUUCGCCUAAACCAAAGAACUACCACAUUUUUGCGUAAAACAGGUCCUGAAUUAUUUUGAAUGGACACACAUAAUCAGUUAUAUUGUUCAGCUUUAUCUUCAUUUUUUUGUGUGCAAAUAACAGGCACUAAAAUCUGCAGAAAUUAAAUAGUACUUUACUAAAAAGUAAAUAUUUAUUUCAUAAUUAUUUGUUUUCACGGUUGCAUAUUUUGCUAAGUAAUAUUAUUACUUUCAUGGAAAUGUUUGUGGGAUUAAAUUUUUAAUACAAAUAUUUUAUUUAAAUGAAAGACUUUUGAAAAUAGGAAAAAGAACUACAACAAUCCUCACAUCACAUCAGUUAUUUUAGGAUUAAUUUCGUUGGACUUAACAAUCAUAUUUUGUUAAUAUUACAUUGCCGUCAAGUUGGAGAGUAAAUAAAAAAUCAAAAGUUGAGGUUGACAGUAUCAUUGUCCCACAAAAAGUGAUGUGAUAUUUAUUUUAUUAUUCCUAAAGAAGCUCCCCAAAAGAUUCGACAUUUUUCUAAAUGUACCAGAACCAAAUUUCAUAAAAAUGGAGAUUUGUAUUAGUAUUUACAGAAAAGAAUAUACAAAAAAAUGAUUCGCAUAGGCCAUAAAAGAAGCAAGCCUUGCACCACAGAACUAGAAGUUCUUACAUAUUACCAUACGUGAUUUAACCUUUACCCUGCUAAAUUUCUAAAAUGGACCGGUCCUUCAUUCAGUUUGGGCAGUAGCAUUUAGUUUUUUAAGGGGUGUUCACUGAACAUUUACUGACUGACUGAACAGCGAACAGUGCAGACCAUGAUCAGGCUGAUCUUGAUCUGGAUUGAUCCCAAAGACAGAAUCACUUGCCACCAGCAGGCUAAAUGUUAAUGUACAUGUUGCAAAUUGAUAAGUUUUACAGAAAUAAGAAAUGCCUAGCGCUAAACUGUUACUGUUUAACAUAUACGACCUCAGUAUCACAUGAACUGGACUAUCCCCGAUGGUCUGAUUUGUUUCUUUAUAUCUUCUUUACUUGGGCAUUAUAGUUGUUGUUAAGAAUUUUUUAACUAACUAGUUUAUUGGAUGAAUUGAGGCAAAUGUUGCAGAAUAUAGGUAUAUGUCUUGCAUAGCAACUAAGUGAUAAAAUACAUUUUUUUUUAAAUAAAAAAUACAGUUAAUUUUGAUUCCUUGAAAAGGUUCAAAACUAUACAACGUUUGAUGAUCUAUAGUUAUGACUGUUUUAACAAUUUUCAAUUUUUAAAAUUUAAUGGUUAACUGCUCACUUACCUAGCUUAUUUUGGAACUAUGUUAAGCACCGGAUCAGAUGGAAAAAAAACACAACAAUAAUCAUACAUAUUUCAUCUGUAAAUAAAAUGGUAGUGUUUUUUUCAAAAAAAAGCUUGGCUUUUUUUUUUUAUUUGAGAAAAAAAUUUAUUUGAAAGUCGUGGUAUCGGUGCAAACAGUGUAGUUACUGACGAUCCUGAAAACUUGCUGUAUAUAUAGCCACAUUCAAAUUGUUUAUAACUGUUAUGUUUCUAUAAGUGUUUAUGUGUUAAAUUUGUUUUUAAGUGAUUAAAACGAUGAAAUUAACAUGUUUAACCUUUAGCCUGCUAAAUUUCUAAAAUAGACUGGUCCAUUAUUCAAUGCGGGCAAAACCAUUAUUUGUAGGGGUGUUCACUGAAAAUUUACUGACUGAAUAGCGAACAGUGCUGAUCUUGGUCUGCACUUGUCCCAAAGGCAGAAUCAGUUGCUGCCAGCAGGCUUAAGGUUAAAGGGAGAAAUCUACACCAACUAAUGCCCUCUAUACAAGCAAGUUGUUCUUUAUUCCCAUUUACCAUUUUUGUACAGAUUUAUAUUUAUAUAUGACUCCCAUGAAUCAACAAUGAAAUAGUACAGUCGAACUUCAUUCACCCAAAACUCGGAGAAUUCGAACACCACCCUUUGCUUGAACUCAUCGUUGGGUCCUGGCAAAAUCCCUUUGUUUUAUAUUGCUCCGUUGGCUCGAAUUACCAAUAACUCAAACAAAUGUUGCCAGUCCGGUCAAGUUCGAGCGAACAAAGUUUGAUUGUACUUUACAAAAAAGUAUGCAGUUGAAACAACUGUCACAUAGUAACUGUAUAUUUCUUGACACUGGAAACGGUCAUUGUUUCGUAUGAUACGCAAUUAUUUAUUUUUUCUUUUCAGUUGUGUACAAACUGUGACCACAAUGGUUAUCAAGUUAUGUUUUAUCUUUGUUAUUUGUUUUUGCAGACUAAUCGCGUGUUAUUUUAAUGUCCCUGAUGAGAGAAGAGAUAACAUAUGUGUAAGAUUAUCCAUGUAUAGGUUGCAGAGCUCGUGAACCGCAGCUUUUAAAAUCUUUAGUUCUUCUUUUUCAAUGCAAGAAAGUUUUUAUUUGUAAACAUAAGCCAAGCAUUAAUUUUAUGGUUUUUAUAAUUCGAUGAAUUUUGAAAAAUAUAUGUAAAAGUUAAAAUUGAAACAUUGCUCUGCUACAGGCACUUACUCAAUUAAAAAUUAUUCAAGGAACAUAAGAUAAAAAUAGGCAACACUGAACUACAUUUAUAGCCCUGUUGAAACUUUGCUAUCGCGCUUGUUAGUUAGGGGGUAUUUGUUUUCUGUUAAGUAAUGCAGGAGUUAUGUCCCAUGAUUUACAAAAUAGUGUGUUUCAUGUCUUCUUAGAAUUAGCAACAUCAGGCCAAGAAGUUGUAGAUGGCAUUGAAGCAGGUCUGUGAAAAUUUUAAUAGAUAUUUAUACUUAUAAUAUAUUGAUUUACUAACUAAAUGGUCUUUGCAUACUGUUUCUAUAAAGAUGUUAUAUAUUAAAAUGUGGCUUUUAUACCUGUCACCUACACCUUGAAAGUUCACAACAAAACAUAAGCCUACAAUCAGCAAGUCUGGUUCAAGUCAUUGUCUUUCAAGAGCAUCAUACAGUCUUCUAAAUUUAUCAGUUGCCUAGAAUAUAGACGUAAAUGCCUGUCAGUAGAGCUGCCUUUUUGGAUUGGUUAUUGAAAUAUGUUGCCUUUUAUAGAUGUGAGCUUUAGUUGACAAUUUGUAUAAAGCUCUCGGAGCUCAAAUUCUGAAUUGAGUGUCAAAAUGUUUGCUAUCACUAAUAUUUUACCCACCACAGUUGCAACAUGUAAAAUAAGAUGUGUAAAGUGGAAUAUUUCGUUUUUUUUUGUUCAUCAAACAUAGCAGUCCAUAGAUAAAAGAUAUUUACAAUGUACAUGUUAUUUCAUUUUGCUCCUGUAUUUGCCGACCUUGUUUUCCAUGAAAGCUACGAGUCAUAUAUUUUUCGCUUACACAUUGUCGUUUUAUAGUAUAUGCUUGUUGGUUUGAAACCAAAUAAAAUGCAGACAUAGUUUGCAGAAAAAGUCAUUAGUUGACAAUUCCAUGUUAAUUUUUUUUGUCAUUAUGGAGAAUAGUGAAACACAGCUUGUUAUAUCUGGGAGUGCUUGAUUAUUUUGUUACAGAUGAAGUAAGUUAAGAAUAUGUUCCCCAAGUUGCUUUGACUUCUGAUUAUACAUACAUACUAUGCUCAUAUCUCUCCAAUAAUUGAACUUUAAGAACCAUAUUUUAUCAAACAGUUGCUAACAAGUUUUUUAAAAAGUCAGCACCUCUUCUUCAUUCGGUUAACUGUGAAAUAUUUGGAAAAAAAAAGAGUUUUUUUUGCCACUUCACACAUAUUGGUGUUUCAGAACAGGAAAUACAUUUCUAACAGUACAUGUAAUCAGAAGUGAAAUGAAUUUGAAGUUUAGACUAUUAAGUUGUGUAAAUGAGCCACACCAUGAGAAAACCAACAUAGAGCAUUUGCGACCAGCAUGGAUCCAGACCAGCCUGUGCAUACGUGCAGUCUGGUCAGGAUCCAUGCUGUUCGCAUUUAAAGCCUAUUGCAAUUAGAGAAACUGUUAGCGAACAGCAUGGAUCCUGACCAGACUGCGCGGGGGCGCAGGCUGGUCUGGAUCCAUGCUGGUCGCAGUUGCACUAUGUUGGUUUUGUCAUGGUGUGGCUCAAAUUAUUUUUGAACAUUUUAAAUACUGUCUGAGAUUGUUGAAUUAAGAUUGUAGUCAUUUUAUAUGCAAGUUGACAUGUUGUGAUACAGUAUUUACUUACACAUCAUUGCACCAAAGCCGUCAACUCAAGUGUUUCAGUUUGAACAGAUGUUCACUAGACUGUGCUUUAAUUUAUAAGGAAAGUCAGGACUUUAGUCUGGCCCAGUUAAUUUACCAAAGGCAGUGUGCAAACAUGUGUGUUGCAGUCAAGUGUUGAGUCUAUUUCUGUCUGUUCAUCAAAGACAGCCUGCACACAUUGUGUGUUAUACUGAUCCUCGAUUUGUAUAUUGUUAAUAGUAGACAGUUCAUGUUUCUCAAUUAAUGCAUUAACUUGUUUAAUUUAAAAACUGUCAGUUUGUAAAUUCUAAGUAUAUUACAAAAAUCAUCAAUUGAUCCACAUCACAUUUUCCAUAGUCAUUUUUAUUUUUAAUCAAGUCCACAUUUCAUUGUGACAGCUGUGGAUUUUUGUUUUUCAAUUCUUACUGAAGGGUAUUUUGAAACUAGACAAAAGUAUUUAUGUGAUCUCUAUUUAAUACUACUGAAACAGUUUUAUUCUCUACAUAUGUAAUUGUUAUCAUUAACGUAUUUAAACACAAUUUAGGUCCUCCAUGGCCAAAUGGAGUGCACUGACAUCCAAUCACUUGCCUGUCACCUGUACAGAUUGGAAGCUCCACUGGCUUAGACGGCUUUUGGUUCUUUCCAGGUACCCACCUGUAAUAAUGGUCAGAGGAGCUUCUAGAAUCUUGCUCUACCGUUAAAGAACUUGGAAUAAGUCAGCCUGCAUAUAUUAUGACUAUAGGUGGUUAUAUAUGUUAGGGUCUAUAUGCAUGUUCAACAUACACAAGGUUGUUAUGUAUGGGCUAUUCUAUCUAAUCAUACAGUAACAUGAUUUACUGCUAGCAGUGUUUUACUGGAUAAACUUUGUUUAAGUUAUUUUUACCUGAUAAAAAAUAGAGAUCAAUAGAAAACAGAAAAUGUCAACAAUUUUGUGUAUUUGCAGAAAUAAGACAUUGUUGUAUUUGAGAAGGGUUAGUGAUAUAAAAAUAUUUGUUGGUGUUUUGUAUCUAAAACAGAAAACAUAAUUGAGCCGUGCCAUGGGAAAACCAACAUAGUGGGUUUGCGACCAGCAUGGAUCCAGACCAGCCUGCGCAUCCGCGCAGUCUGGUCAGGCUCCAUGCUGUUCGCUUUUAAAGCCUAUUGGAAUUGGAGAAACUUUUAGCGAACAGCAUGGAUCCUGACCAGACUGCGCGGAUGCGCAGGCUGGUCUGGAUCCAUGCUGGUCGCAAAGCCACUAUGUUGGUUUUCCCAUGGCACGGCUCAAUUAUACUUUACAUUUACAAUUAAAGUAAAAUCUGAUACAUUUCUAACUUUAUUAACCAUAUAUUUCUAAAAUGGACACUUCAAGGUAUGAUUUAGAAGCAUAAAAACUCAAUAAUUACUUGUUUCUCGUCAGGUUUCUUACAAACAAGUUUUUGUUAAGGCUUUGUAUGCCCCACUUCGAAGAAGAGUGGAGGAAUAUUGUUUUGCUCAUUAUUGGUAGGUGGACCUUUUUGUUUCUGAUCAGUAACUAUGAAUGCCUGUCUUAAAAUGGUCAAACUUCAAAGGAUAAUUGCCUAUGGUGAGCAGAUGACCCCUAUAUUUUUGGAGGGUCAGUAGGUCAAAGGUCAAGGUCCACUCAAUAAAUAAAUAACACUUUGGCCUACAGUUACCAAAUUUCUUAGGGUGAUUGCCUGUGGUCACUAGAUGAUGUCUGUUGUUUUAUAGAUCAAAGAUCAAGGUCACAGUGACCUUGAGACUGAAAAUGUUUCUGCUCUAUAACUUAAGAACCCUUGAGUCUACUGCUUUUAAACUUCACAGGAUGGAUGCCUUUGGUCAAUGGAUAACCUCUGUUAUGGAGAUAAGUAGUUUAAAGGUCAAGUUCACAACGAUCUUGAGACUCGAAACAAUUUGUGCUGAAAAACUAAAGACUACUUUGGCCCACAGUCUGUAAACUUAAUUCAGUUUGGAUGAUUUCCUGCAGUCAGUAGAUGACCCUUAUAAUGUAUGAUGUUGGUCAGUCAUAGAGCAAAGUAAUUGUGAUCUCGGGACUGGAAGUGGGUCGGGCAGUUUGGGGGUUGAGGGUGUCCGUAUGUGUUUUACUGACGGCUCUUGUUUUGUUUUGGCUGUACAGUUCUUGUCUGAACCUCUCAUAAGUACACAAUAUUCUGAUACUUGAUACUGUUGUCCAUUUUAGAACUAUAUAUGCUGAAGAUUAGUUGUGAUUUAAUACUAUAAGAAACAGUUGCAUGCUAAUAGUCUAACUUGCAUGCAAGGGUAAUAGUCUUUAAACUUCCUGUUUGAACAAAUUGUUGAUAUAUAGUUGUAUGUUAUUGGGUAAAUGUUGGCCACAGGAUUGGGUAAUGUUCCCCCAAUCAUUAAAAACAACAAUACAUGUUCUCAUGUAUUCUUCACUGUAAUGCUUAUAAAGUUAAAACAUCGCCAA